UAAGCAUUGGUUAGGUGUACUCUUUAUUAAUAUUAUGAAAAUUAUUCUUGUUAUUAAUUAAUCCAAGAGAAAACAAUAGUUUAGCAAAUAAACAAAAAUUUUUUUAAAUUACAUUAUAUUCGAAUUUUUUAAACAUGUUUACCAAUUUUGCUAAACGUAUUGUUUCAAAUCAAAAGACAAUUACAUCAAGUUUAAAUCGAAAUAUUACAAAAACAACAAGUGUACCGCAAAGUGAUGUUAUAUCGCGUACAAAUAAUGAACAGAAAAUUGAAGAUAAAAGCCAAAGAAAAUUGUUACAUUUAAAGAAAUAUCACAGGUUAUUAUCUACAUUACAAUCGACUGCAAUUCCACCAGUUGUUACAGGAAGUGUUGUAAGCAAACAAGAGAAAAGAGAAUUUAUGUCAGUAUUUCCUGAUAUUGUCAGGGACUUAACAAAUUCGGGCAAAUACAAAGAUAUUCCAGAUGUUUCAAAAUGGUUGGCAAAGGUAUUACAAUAUAAUGUUCCAAAUGGGAAAAAAAAUCGUGGAUUAGCGUUAGUGACUGCAUAUAAAUUAUUGGCCAAACCAGAAGAUUUUACAAAUGAAAAUCAUCGUCUAGCAAUCAUUUUGGGAUGGUGUGUUGAAAUGUUACAAGGCCACUUUUUGGUAGCUGACGAUAUUAUGGAUGAAUCAGAAAAACGUCGUGGUAUGCCUUGUUGGUAUAAGGUACCAAACGUUGGUAUUAAUGCAAUCAAUGACAGCAUACUUCUUUAUAACUGCAUAUUUUUGAUAUUGAAGAAAUAUUUCCAAGAUAAACCCUGUUACGUUGAUCUUGUAAAUCUUUUCCAUGAGACUGCAUUCAAAACAGGAUUAGGACAAUCUUUGGACAUGCUUACAUGCAGGGACAAACCAUCUUUAGAUUUAUUUACUAUGGAUCGAUAUGAUGCUAUUACUAGAUACAAGACUGCUUAUUAUUCUUUUGAAUUACCCGUUGCUUUGGCAAUGUACUUGGCUGGUAUUAAUGAUCCAGAAAUGCAUCGACAAGCAUCCACAAUUAUGUUGGAAAUGGGACAAUUCUUCCAGAUCCAGGAUGAUUUCCUCGACUGUUUUGGCGAUGUUGAUGUAACUGGUAAAACUAGCAACGAUAAUGAUAUUCGUGAAGGAAAAUGUACGUGGUUAGCAGUAGUAGCACUUCAACGAGCAUCACCCGAGCAACGUAAAAUAUUAGAGACUUGUUAUGGAUCAAACGAUCCAAAUGAUGCAGCCACUGUACGAGAAUUAUAUGAAAAAUUAAACAUACCACAUAUUUAUGCAGUUUACGAGGAAGAAAGUUAUAAUUUAAUUCGUACACAUAUUCAACAAAUAUCGAGAGGAUUACGACACGAAUUAUUCUUCAAAUUUUUGGAUAAAAUUUAUCGGCGAGACCAUUAAAUCUUUUAUUCGAAUAUCAAUAUUGAAUAUAUUUUCAUAUUCAGAACUGAAUGUUAAAAAUUUUAUUGUAUUAACCAGAUAUAUAAUUUAGUUUAAUCAAGGACGGAUUUAAAGAAAGAAGUUUCAUCUAUUUUUAAAUUUCCUUACAACUCUAAUGCUUCAUCAAAAUACAAUAAUGGAUUAGAAUUUUUAGUUAAAAUGAAAAACUUUUUAAUUCCAAGACGGCUCUAACUAUUAAAUUAAUAAUAUUCCCAGGUAACAGCUAGACCGAACGCAUAUUAAACCCGUUGAUUGACGCAAGUAAUCGGGGUCUUAAUUUAAAAUUAUGCCGCAGUUCUAUCGCUACCGCGUUCAUGUGAACAAUAAUGCAUCCAAUUUUUGCAAUGUUUAUCGAAUCUUUAUCAAAUUAAAAAAUCAGUUACAACAUUGUCAGUUCUGCUAGGUUUCUCUGGAAUUUAUUAGAUGAACUAUAGUACGAACGCAUUCAUUUCAUUCCGUGUACAAACAGUCGCUGUUAUAUUCAUUUUCAGCUUAUCACCUCACUGCGUCACACAUUACGUGCAGCUUUAAAAUAUGUUUUAUGACUUUAAAUUAAAAGAUAAGUUUUUUCUGUAAAAGAUAACCUUUUAUUGAUAUUACCAGCAUGAUACCC